GUCCAGAAAAAAAAAAUAUAACUUUUCAAUCUCUGUCUCUCUUCUUCGUCGAAAAAGUCGUCCCGUUGUCUAUUCCUCACCUUCCCCCAUUUUCCUCCAUUAUAAAGCCCUCAGCUUUUCCCUUCUCCAUACACCCAAUUCGCCACUUCCCUUCUCUCUCUCCCUAAAUCUUGCUCAAAUUUCCCCUCAUCUGUUUAAUAUAUCAAGAAUUAAGAUUUAAAUCUUUCAUAUUUCAAGAAAAUCAAGAUUCAAUCUUUUUGUGCAGACAACAUUGUAUAAUACCAAAAUACCAUGUUGUCUUUCACCCCUCUUCAAUCCAAGCCAAUACCACCCACCCCCACCUCAAACGCCACCCAUUGGUCUUGGUCUCAUUUCACCCACCACCACCCCACUACCCGCCGCCAUUUCUUUGCUUCUUCACCCUCCAAAGUCAGUUACCGCCGCCUUAGCAUUAAUGCCAUUGAUGCAGCACAGCCUUAUGAUUAUGAAGCAUUGGUAUCAAAUAAAUAUGCUCAGUCAACAAGACUCAAGAUUGCUAUAGUGGGUUUUGGCAACUUCGGUCAGUUUCUUGCUAAAGCCUUUGUUCGUCAAGGUCAUGUUGUGUUUGCUCAUUCAAGAACUGAUUACUCACACAUUGCAAAUUCUUUAGGUGUUUUAUUUUUUCAAGAUCCGCAUGACCUUUGUGAGCAACAUCCUGAUGUUAUUCUACUUUGUACUUCAAUUAUAUCUACUGAACCUGUCCUUAGAUCACUACCUAUUCAAAGGCUAAAAAGAAACACAUUGUUUGUUGAUGUUUUGUCUGUUAAAGAGUUUCCAAAGAACAUUUUCCUUCAAGUUUUGCCUUCCCAUUUUGAUAUUUUGUGUACUCAUCCUAUGUUUGGACCUGAAAGUGGUAAGGAUAGUUGGAAAGAUUUGGCCUUUGUGUUUGAUAAAGUUAGAAUUGGUGAAGAGGAAUCGAGAAAAGGAAGGGUUGAUAGGUUUCUUGAUAUAUUUGAGAAAGAAGGGUGUAGGAUGGUGCAGAUGACGUGUGCGGAGCAUGAUAGGUAUGCUGCCGGUUCGCAGUUUAUUACACAUACGAUGGGGAGAGUAUUGGAGAAGUUGGAUUUGGAGACAACUCCUAUAAAUACGAAAGGGUACGAGACUUUGUUGAAUUUGGUUGAGAAUACUUCUAGUGAUAGCUUUGACUUGUACUAUGGGUUGUUUAUGUACAAUAAGAAUGCGAUGGAGCAGUUGGAAAGGCUUGAUUUGGCUUUUGAGGCUUUGAAGAAGGAGUUAUUUGGGCAUUUGCAUGAAGUCUUGAGGAAGCAAUUGUUCGGGAAGGCGGAGGAAGCGGGACAGAGGCGUAUCUUAACCAAGUUGCCCAAGAAUGGGUAUGCACUACCAGCUCCUUCAUCGGAGGCUGUUAAAUCCGAGAACAAUUGAAGGGAAUUCUGGAACUUGGUAUGUCUGCAAUUUUGUUUGGUGACUUCUUGCUUUGGGAUUAAGAAGAUAUGUUUAUUAGCACAACCCAUGUAAUGAUCCGAUAUUAGCAAUGUAACUAUGCCACAAGGACAUGCUUAUUGUGUUGUUUUAAGUGAAGGUUAAAGCACUAAUUCAACCUUCUUUUCCAUUUGGAGUCGGGGUUAGGUGUUGAGUUGUAAGACCAUCAAAAGGACCAUAAACAUUUUGUCCUGCAAUGUCAGCUGUCCUUUUGAUAUUUUUGGAACAUCUGUUGUAUGAGAGUUACUUUUGAUGAGAUCAAUUAUUAGAUGUUGAGAAUGUAGUGUAGGAUGGAAAAAGCAGUUAACAUUAUUUAUCUGUUGGUCACUGGAUGUAUUCUGCAUCUCAUGUAUUUAUGUUAUAAGACGAGUUAUGUGUUCGCCUUCAUUUCUUCUGAA